AUGAGUGGCUCGCCGUCAGACCCUGCAGCCGUACUGGCAUUGCGGGACCAGUUUGGCGAUCGGAAACCGCCUGAUAUCACCCGAAAGAUCACGGCCUGCGUCGCUUGUCGAAAGCAAAAGAUCAAAUGCCAUAUGCGAGAUGGAGAACCGCCAUGCACACGCUGCAAGAAGCGCGGGCUGUCGUGCACGGUCAACAAGAGUCUACAAAUGAUUCUCGAAUCCGAUGCAAGUUGGAAGCAUCUAAUGACCCGGAAGAUCCAAGUCUUGGAAUCUGCCCUCGGCAAGGUGGCGAACCAUCUCUCUCUGGGCGAGCUUCUGGAAGAUGAGAUGGACCAGGAGGAUGAUGUUGCCGAGCAAACACAGGCACCGACUCCGCAUCGAGCCCACUCGCAGAUAUCGCCGCAGGCUGAGAAACACACGCCGCUGAACUUCGAGGUCGUGAUGGACCCGGAUUCUGGCCCAGCCGCUAUUCCAGGAUCAGUCGUGUCUCCUAUCGCCAUACCUGGAAAUGAGACCAACAGAGCCGAACAAGACAUUAUUACUCGUGGUGUUAUCACCGUCGACCAGGCUCAACAAUACCUCGACAUCUACCAAAACCGAUUGGAUCACUUCUUAUACCGCAUUAUUGGAGACAGAAGAGAUCUCACCCAAGUGCGACAGGCUUCUCCGUUGCUGCUGGCUGCUAUCUGCGCGGUUGGCGCUCUGCAUCUGGCGACAGCCGACUUCGAGAAAUGCUACCAGGAAUUCGUCUCCAUAGCCGCAUCCCAGACAUUCUCCAGACGUAACAAUGUCGAUGAUGUUCGAGGACUUUGUGUUGCAGCUUUCUGGCUUAGUGGUAUCUCCUGGACCUGCGUCUCCGCCGCUGUGCGCAUCGCCACCGAGCUUCAACUUCAUCGGAGCAUCUUCAAAGCCUUGAACGGGGAUAAGACUCACUACCAACGGACAAGAUUGUACUAUCUUGUCUUCGUAUGUGAUCAUCACUUUUCAGUGGCGUAUGGACGACCGCCUAUGACGAGGCAAGAUGAUGCCAUCCGAGCAGCCUUGCAGUUCCUCGAAACCGAACAUGCCGUAGAAGAUGACGCUCGAUUGUGUUCGCAAGUCCAGUUUUGGUCUAUUGGCUCCGAGAUCUACUCGACCUUCGGCAUUGAUGUGGAGCGACCGCUUGACGCCUCAAUGAUCGAGCCGCUUCGCCGCUUCAGCAUCAGUCUCGACCGCGUCAGGGCGGAUUGGACGCAGCGCUUUCGACAGAACGAAUAUGUUGGCGAUUACCCCAGAAAGGGUGUCGGCCUGCAUUACCAUUUCGCCAAGCUAUACUUGUUCAGUAUGGCGUUCCGCGGCAUCGGCAGACCGGGCUUCAAAUCUCCAGACGUCGCCCUCGAUAUCGAUGAAAUCGCCAAUUCGGCCGUACUCUCAGCUACUGCGAUUCUCCGAGCAGUCGUUCAAGACACUGAGAUACAGAGCUUUCUCAACGGCUUGCCAACGUACUUCGACCUCAUGAUAGCUUUUGCGGUGGUCUUCGUGCUCAAAGUAUCGACUAAAUACGCAACAUCGGUCCGUGUCGACACAAGCGAAAUCCGAAGUCUGGUAUCCGACGUUGUCACAGUCCUGAAAGACGUCACUUCCAACAUGCACCCUCGGCACUUGCUCGUGAGCGUUGCAAAGGGCGCAGAAAGCCUUCUCGAGCGGUGCCAUCCACAGGAGAUUCAAGGACCUGUCCCUUCAAAUGCGCAUGUAACCAUGAGCCAGCCAACAUUCGACGACAGCCUUUUCAACAUAUCAAGUGAGUGGAACGGAGCCUCAUUCGACAACUUCUUCAUGGGCGAGUUUGACUUCCUGUCCAACCAAGAUGCCAUGAACAAUUAUCAACCCGAUCUGAAUUAUAACUCAAUGCAAAACAUGUAG